GUUGGCUGUGCUAUGAGAUGAAAAAGCUCAACUGAUAACAUUCAUUUUGCGAUCACUUCUUAGUCAAUCCGGACGGAUAUUUUUGCGUUCUACACUCAGGAAGAGUUGGAGAAAGUUUACAUUCUCACUUUGUGAUUAAAACAAAAUUUUAUUAGAAAAAAAAUGAAAUUAGUGCCAUUCUUUGCUAUAGUUUGUCUUUUAUUAAUUACGCAGUUACCGCAGCAUAAAGCAUCUUCGUCAAGUAGCGUGGAGUACGGAGAGUGGAGUCGAUGGAGCAACUGCGAUGAGACUUGCCAUCAGACAAAGGUGAGAACGUGCCUGAGUGGCACGUGCCAGAGGGAUCGUUUGAUGAAGCAGCGAAAGUGCCCCGGAUGUGGUACAAAGUUGCACAUUGUGCAGAAACUCCUUUCUUUCCUUGGCUUUGGUGGGGAUUCAGAGGAGAUUGAUUACGAUGCGGAUGAUACAGAUGAGUACUGGAGCUCACCUGAACCCGUACCCACCCCAAGGGAAAUGCCUGAAAUUGAUGUCAGUGAUUUGGGAUUUAAUUCCUUAUUCAGUGAUUUCUUUAAUGUCGGCUGGGACAAUCCAUUUUCCAUGAAACCCAUUAAUCCUCCAAGUUGGGAUCAAGAGCGGGACAUAGAGAGGGAUUCACAUGAAGAAGAUGAUGUUGAGGAAGUCCCCGUUGUUAGUACUGGAACAAAUGAUGAUGUGGACAUUUACAAUGAGGAAUCUCCCUGUGGUGUAACGAGUAGUGAACGAUCUCAAGGAAUGAUGGCUAAAAUUAUUGGUGGAAGAAGUGCAAAGAGAGGCCGAUGGCCAUGGCAAGUGGCUCUCUACAAUCCCGACCACGAAAAAUUCUUCUGUGGUGGCACACUCAUUGGUAAAUCUUGGGUUAUUACGGCAGCUCACUGCUUGUUGUCUGACUUUGGGGAUAGUUAUGUUAUAUUUGUGGGAUUGCACGAUACAGAUGAUCCUCUGAUGCCUUCAUCCAAUAUUCACAUUGUCGAACAAAGUGUGAUCCAUCCGCGAUAUGAUUCAGAAUCUAAUGAUAAUGAUAUUGCCCUCUUGAAACUACAGGAUGAAGUUAAAUUGAAUGCAGACGUUGGACUUGCUUGCCUACCGGACUACCUUCAAGCUUCUCCAGAUCGCAGUGAAGUGUGCAAAAUUCUUGGCUGGGGCGGUGGUACGUACCGAACAGCCCUACAGGAAGCCGAUAUGAACAUUCAGUCAAUGCGAUCAUGCAGGAAGCACUACUAUGGCACAGGACAAGUAAUCACAAAUCACAUGAUUUGCGCUUCAUCGAAGAAUUACAUGAGUGACACAUGUGGCGGUGAUUCCGGUGGACCCCUCCUCUGUCGCAAUCUCAAAUCUUCAUCGCGCCCAUGGACUCUCUUUGGCAUCACGAGCUUCGGCGAUGACUGCAGAGUUAGCGAGAGUCCCGGUGUUUACACGCGUGUUUCAUCUUACAGAAAAUGGAUUGACUCAAUUAUCGCAUGCGGUGGCUCUUGUGAUGCUUAAACACUACAUAUCACAUUUUUCUUAACCAUUAAUUUUGUUCUGAGAAAAUGAUAAGAAAGAGAUUAUUAAAUUGAUUAUAGUAUUGAAUGA